UAUUUUAUUUAGGCUAUUAUUAUUGCAUAUGUGUAAAAAAUUCUAAAGAUGCCUGCUAAAGCGCCAAUGUAUCUCAAAGCUGGCGGCAAAAAUGGUGCUGGGAACAAAGGGUCGAAAAAACUGAGAGAAUUAUUGUCUGCGGACAUGAUCUCACCCCCACUGGGUGAUUUUCGUCACACAGCUCAUGUUGGACGUGGGGGAAGUGAUGAUAUGUUCGGAGAUACCUCAUUUCUACAAAAAGGAAAUACUUCGGAAGUUGGAUCUAAUUUUCGAAGAGGUGGAAGUUUGGGAAAGAAAGAAAAGAAGAAAUCACGAAGUCUAUCUCAUGAACAAAGUGCUACAUUAGAUCGAUUUAAAAGAUCAAAAAGUGGUAAUGACAAAUCUACGCCAUCGAAUGGUACAUCGUCACGCAGCGAUGAACAGCUAUCGCCCGUAUUACAGUCUGCAUUUUCAUUACCUAUUUUGAGCAAUGAUGAAACCUCACCAGCAAAACAUAACGAAGAUUCAAAAAAGGUUGCAAGUCACGUUAAUCAACAGCCAACAACGAAUGAUGAAAAUCAAAAAGUAUACAGCAAAAGUCACGAGGAUGUGUGCCUGUCAUCAGAAAUGAGCACAACCGAUGUGGCAACCACAAAGACGACAACAACUCCUCAUAAAACUCCGAAUGGUGUUACGGGUGGUCCACCAAAACCUCGACGCAUUAUGUCUUUCAAAACGGAGGCUGAAAAUAAUACAGAUGGACAAAAAAAUCUAGAUGUCGAGCCACCAACUCUUAAUCACGCUGAAAAACUAAGUCCGUUGCGUAGGUCUUCGGAAGUUCUUUCUGAAAUGCCAGACUUUGCUAAGAAAAAUACUGAAACACAGCGAUCAGAGGACGAGAGUUGGGGCUUCAGUUUGGACUUGGGGCCUUCUUUGAUGGAUGAAAUUAUGGGUAUGUUUGAUGAACCCAAGUAAGCCCCAUAAAAUAUAAUAUUAUACAUUGAUACCUUAUUGUGCCUUGCGAGGGUCUGAUUAACUCAAUACCUGCUCUUCGCGAAAAAAAAUUUUGUUGCUUUACUUUCUUUGGCUCAUUUACUUUAAAUUUAAGAUAAUAAUUAAAAAAGAGCUUGUUUUAAUAACAAUUAAUUUUUGUAUCAGUGUCGGACCGAUUGUAUUUUUCUUGUUACUGUAUGUCCUAAAUGUUACUGCCAUGUUAGUAAGUUUCCUCCCGUCCUACUCUUUGUUACUAAUAAUAAUAUACUAAGGUGGAUGCUCAUUUACUCCUUUUUAACCUUUUAUUUGCCUUCUUAAGUUACUUGAAGCGGACUGAGAGUUUUAAAUUUCCAAUUUUUGUUUUAUAUAUCCUUAUUAAAGUUACUGCUAUAAUUAUAUAAUUUUGACAGGAAUCGAUUUUCAAAUUUGAACUCAGACGCAUAAACUCAAAAACAUGUCAUAUGGUUAAUGGUGUAGGUCUGAAUCCAAAAGUUAGAUUUUAGGCUGCCCGGAAUGACAAAAUUUGAUGAAUUGCUAUUUAAAAUGCAUUUUUAAAUGAUAUUUUUGAAUAUAAUCUAAAUUGGCCACGUUCACAGAGAAAUUUGUCCAAAUCAAUCUUAAAAAAUUAUAUUUGAUAGUUAGAACCGCAAUUAAAAUCUUAAAAGGAUGAUAAUCGUUUGCUUGUGGUUUGUGAAAUUUCCUCACCAAAAAUAUAUAUUUGACGUUGUCAGAAAGAUUGAUUGGGCCAAGAAAUGUGCAGUGAGACUGAGAAUUAAAUUGUUCUGGGGUGAUAGCAAUGAUGAUUGAUUACAGAUUACCUGGCUACCGAGGGGUCACGGAUUGUGAAUGAGAAAAUCCUCUAUAGUGUAGCGCAGCGGUGAAAAAUUUUGGGUGACAACUUGAGUACGUUUCAUGUUUUGGCUUCAGCACAUUUGUGUAUGAUUUGGUUACAUUCAGAUAAAUUUAAAACAGUUUUUUGUAUUCAAAAUACAAAUAAUAAAAUGUCAUCCACAAAUUUUGACUCAUUACAAAUAGGUUUUGGAGGCUCACAAAUGCUGAAAGGUCUUCCAAUUGUAAUUUUGGAAAAUAAAGGAUUUUUGAUCAUUUUCAUUUGGUUUUGUGGCAUCUAUAAUCCUGCUUACAAGAUACGAAAUUAUUUUUAAAAUUUUUUGGUAUUGUAUUAUCAUAAUACGACACAUGAAUCUUAAUCCAUGAAAAUUACAUGACCAUAAUCUGAUUUUUUGCGAUUAAAAAAAUUUUUGAACUUCACCUGGAAUUAGUAAAUUGACUUUGCCAUUAUGAUUUGCCAAGUUAGUUUCAUCAGGAAGUGAUAAAGUUUAGUAUUUCCUUGCAAUCUAGCUGUGGUCUCAAAGGUCAAAUUGAAGUAGGUAAACGAGUUUGAAUAAAACGCUAUUCGUUAUAUUAAACCAGUGUUCUUUUUCCAUCAUAACGCACUCGGCCGGCCAAAUUAUUCGCGGCCUGCAAAAACUAAAAUUGAAAUAAAGUAAAAUUUAAUAAUACAGAAAUAUUAAAAAUAAAUAAUAAUAUUGACAAUACCUUUAAUUAAUGGGUCGCGAUAGAGAUUAAUAAUGAUGGCUGGUAAAAUAUCUUCAGACACUCAACUUAUGUGAAACCAAAAUAUUGAACAAAUUCGCUUGCUUGCAUAUUCUAACCCAAAUGGUCGAAUCGGUGAUGGUGUGUCGCAGUACUGCUUCCAAAUUUGAUCAAUAUUUUGUUUCAACAUAAGUAAGUGCUGAAAAAGAUUUUACCGCAACCAACAUUGAGCUGUUUCGUGACCCACCAUGGGGUCGGGACCCCAAGUUUGGCAAGUUCUGUGGUAAACCAUGUUUAAUGUAAGACUUUGUGAUACCAUCACCAAACUCGAUUUAUGAUUUUAGCCAAGUUGAAAAAAAAAAGGAAAUUUGAAGCAUAAGUGACUAUUUAACCAAAAAAGCGAAUGUAUGAAUGCCCUUAUCCAAGAUUGUGUUGUGUUUGAAAAUCAUUUCAUCAUCAAGGUAUUAUGAUUUUGAAAAUCUGUUAUUUAGUAAAUAUACAGUACGAUCAAAUUACUCGUCCACUUGACAUGAAUUAUAAUUUUUUCAUUCGGUUACUAGAUUCUGUUUUUCGCUCGCAGACCAGAAUUUUGAAUAACUGAAUCUUGAAAAGUAUAUUCUGUUUCUUCAAGAAUUUUAAAUAUGAUUGGCGGUUGAAUGGUUUCUAAAUUUAUGAAAACACACAAGAAAAUUGUACAUACAAAAUUUUAGCGAAAUGUCUAUUCAUAUUAUCCAUACUUUUCAGCAGUCUUUCCUUAUCAUUUUUGUUUAUUUGACCUACUGAGGUGGAAAUUCUAAAGGAAUUUGUUGGUUUACGGUUUUCACAAAUGACUGGGUAUUCAGAUUGUUAAAUAAUGGCCUACAUCCGUUUCAUAAACUGAAAAUUAGCCAAAAGGGAUAUUUUUAUAAACAGAAUGAAAUUCCAGAUACGGUAUUUACUAUUGAAAAUUUGAAGUUUAAUUUACUUUCAUUUCUCGAUAAUCGAUUCUUAUUUUAUCAUUCCCACCUAAGCCUGUCUCGAAUAUUAUUUUGAGCAGGAUGAAUUUUUCUCGAUUGUAUUGACGUGAGCUCAUUCAUGUCUGUAUUCCAUCGUUUGCCCCAACUCCACUCAAAAUGGAGUCUCUUUUAAAUUCUGGGUGAAAGAAUGAGGCAUUGCAUUGAGCAAAUUUUCUCAAACAAAAAUUUAGUACAAUAAGAUGGCUCGAAACUAGGCAUGUAUCUGGUCAUAUUAUAGUAUUUUUUAUUUUAGUAAACCUAUUCUAUUUUAUUUGGAAUUUAUUUUCUUGUGAGUGGCACCAAUUGCUUUUUCCAUACAUAAAUGUAAUAACAGCAACAUUUAUUUUUUAAAUGUUCAAACAGUGUAAUUGACAGGAAUACUAGUACAAUAUAUUUUUUGAAAACCAGUGUGUUUAUUUUGUGCUUACCUAAAUUUAAGUUUGAAAAUUGGUAGCAAAAUAAAAAGGUAUAACAUUUUAUGUUAAUUUUAAUCAUAUUUUGUAUUAUAUGUAUUGUACAUAAACAUUAUAUCUCGUCAUCGCGCAUUUUUACUUCAUUUUUGCUUGUGUUAUAUUUGUCAUUGACGUGCCAAAUUGCAAUGUUUUUUGAGCGUCUUUUAUGUUUAAAUUUUACUGACUUGAUUGUUCGACUGUAAUUUGAAUGGAAAUCCGUAUUUGGGUUAUCCGUUAUCUAGGAUUUCUUUCGUUUCAAUCGAAAUUUCUAAAUUGGUAUAUCAAGCGGUAGAAUCAUGGUAUACGCCAGUGGUUCCUAACCUUUCAUGGCUCGUGGCUCCCUCCUGUUCAUCAUUUCAGUGGUAUUUAUAGUGUUAUUUUGAUUGCUGUAUUCGAAACUCCAUUCGGUUCGGACAAUUCAUGCUCAACAAAGUAGAAACACCCUGUGAAAUAACCUUGUCAAGCUAUGAAACUGGGAAGAACAGGGAUUUUACUUCAGAAGGGGAAAAGUAAAAUCAGUUUUGUGCCUAGCAUCGUAGCCCCCCCCCCCUCCAACCGCUCUGUGGCCUCCGACUCGGAACCGCUGGUAUACACCGUGUGAUUUUGAAAUGUAUUAGUGCUUAUGAAGUAUUCUUGCUCGAUUUCCCAUGCACUGAUUUUGGGAAUUUGAAGGGUAUGAAUGCAUGUCACAUGCAUGCCCCAAAAUUUAGCCGAAGAGGAUUUUUUAUAGUUUCCAAAACAAUAUUUUUUUGACAUCAACAACUUGCUCCCUUCAUGCUGUUUCGGUCGAAUUAAAUAAACGUGAAGGACUUCUCCCCUAAACCGCUUGGUCCUUGAAUGUUACUGGUAAUUUAUAUCUUAACCGCCACAGUUUACUUGGUGCUGAUGUACCAUCAUUUGAAAUGGGAAAAUAUAUAUUGUAUUUUAAAUAGAAAAUUUAGCUUCUUUUAUUGAUUCGCAUAUUAAUUUUGCUUAUUUUCUCUCAAAACGCCUUGCCUGAUGUAUUCUUUUGCUUUUUUGAAUUAUUAUCAAGUUCACAUCAUUAUACAGUAUUUUUAUUACCUACCCCAUCAAUGGUAACAGUGUACAAAUUGCCCGCAAAUUCUCCACCCAUACUCUACAACAGUGGUUCUCAAACUGCGGGCCAAGUAGAACCUAUGUAAGGAUUUAAUAUGGCCUGCCGAACUUGAGUGAAAUUGUUUAACACUUUAUGCUUUUUGCGUUAUAGAUACCUCCAAUUGUUACGUCAUUAUCACAAUUUGGGCAUGUGUAUUUAGGUAACAAUUCAAUUAUGGCGGUAUCUUAAUUAUAUGUAAGGUACCGCCGUCUUGCGUGCCCUCCAUUCUCCCUGCCACAAAUAUCCUUCAGCUUCUAAUUUUGGCCCUUCGGUCAAUCAACUUUGGGAACCACUGCUCUACAAUAAGAAUUCGAUUACCGUAUCCAUAAAUCGUGCUCGGCGAGAUGUAAUUUCAAUAUAGGUAGUCUUUCAAGUAGCAAAAGGUAACAGAAUCGGAAAUUUCUACUCGUUAACCUUAUUUCGUUUUAUUUCUUCAUUACCCAGCGUUAACAAUGUUAUCAGAAUAACAUUCGGCUUGGAAAAUUGAGUAAAUUUCUCUAGUCGGAAUUUCCAAACUAUUUGAAUGGAUACUGUGAUUCGGUACUCAAAUAAAUACCAAGUCCCAUGUUAUCUUAUCACAUAUCUUUCACAGGGGCAAAUAUAUAACUCAUAUAAUAUCAGGUUGCUUUACACCUUGCUAUUAACAUUGUUUGUAAUUUUGUUGGGGGUUCAUGGCCCUGAUUUGGGUAAAUAUAAAUAUUUAAUCUAAUUCAUUUUUGACAUAACUUGAUAAGCGUUAUCUGAAAUAUUAAUUUUUUUUAGCUUCUUGGGAGAGAUUGUAAUAUUUUUUUUUUGGGUAUAUAUAUCAGGAUCUAUCUAAAUGUAUAACAUCCAGUGCCUUGUUCUUACUUUGUACAGCAGUUCUAUUACCUUAAUUGUAUAAUUGCAUUCCAAUUACUUUGCGUUAUUAUUGCCAUGCUCUUGCUCACCUACUUCGUUUUCUUCUUUAAAUUUUGCUCUGUUUGUUCUUGAGUUUGAUUCCAAGUCAAACAUGCUUUGGGAUUUUUUGUAGAAAGCCUUGCCAACACCCCCCCCCCCCCCACAACGCUAGAAAUAGAAUAGAUAAAGGUUGUUAUCAAUCAUCCAGUCAGGAUUAGGGAUGCAGAUUGCGCUGAAAUUUCCAAUUUCGAAUCAUUCCUGUACCAAACUGGAUAAUUACUAAUUUGUUAUUUUGAAACUGGCGGGUUAUUUUUCUCCAAUCUCGCAUUUUUGCCUCAGUGGUGGCCGCUUUGUACAAAAGAUCCAUGCGUUGUAUAUAUAUAUCAGCUGUACAGGAGUUUCAAUCUCAAUUUGCUCAAAGUAUAACUGUCUGGCCUUUCAUUUGCUUACUAACAGUACAUAUGAAUAAACAAAUUUUGUGAUAUCCUGA